AUGUUAUCUAUUCGUUCCACGGCUGGUGCCGUUGCCAGAAGGGCACGAACAGCUGCCAACCGUCUGCCCUUGAGUGUCGCUCGUACUCUGCCAAAGGCUUCUGCGGCAGUUGCUCUCUCGAGCAGGAGGGAAUACUCUGCUCCUUCCAGCAGCUUGUCAACUCGGUCGACGGUUGUACAAUUGCUCAGCAACAUCGGCUCCAAGAGAGAAGUUCAGCAAUACUUGUCACACUUCAGCUCCGUCUCUUCGCAGCAAUUCGCUGUCAUUAAGGUUGGAGGAGCUAUCAUUACCGAGCAUCUCGAAUCCCUCACCUCUGCCCUCGCAUUCCUGAACCACGUUGGACUUUUCCCUGUCGUUGUACACGGUGCCGGGCCACAACUGAAUAAGCUUUUAGAGGAUGCGGGAGUCGAACCACAGUUUGAGGAGGGCAUACGGGUCACAGAUGGCAAGACUUUGGCAGUAGCACGCAAGCUCUUUUUGGAGGAGAACUUGAAAUUAGUUGAGAAGCUCGAGGAACUGGGAGUUCGUGCUCGUCCGAUCACUUCUGGUGUUUUUGGAGCGGAGUACUUGGACAAGGACAAAUACAAUUUGGUUGGCAAGAUCAACAAGGUCAAUAAGGGCCCUAUCGAGGCUGCUAUCAAUGCUGGAUGUCUGCCAAUCUUGACCUCUAUGGCUGAGACGCCAGAGGGUCAGGUGUUGAACGUCAACGCUGAUGUCGCUGCUGGAGAGCUUGCUCGGGAGCUUCAGCCGCUGAAAAUUGUCUACCUUUCUGAGAAGGGAGGACUUUUCAAUGCCGAUACGAACGAGAAGAUCUCUGCUAUCAACUUGGAUGAGGAAUACGAAUACUUGAUGUCACAAUGGUGGUGCAGAUACGGAACGAGACUGAAGAUCAAGGAGACUAAGCAGUUGCUUGAUGGUCUACCACGUACAUCCAGUGUUGCUAUUAUCCACCCAGCAGAUCUCCAGAAGGAGUUAUUCACGGAUACUGGUGCUGGAACCCUCAUCCGCAGAGGCAACAAGCUUGCGACUACGACUGCUAUUUCGCAAUUCGAGGAUCUUGAGAAGCUUAAGGAUGUUCUUGUUAGAGAUCGCGAGGGUCUCGAUGCCAGAGCCACUGUUGAUAGAUACGUGGAUGGCUUGAAGAACCGCGAAUUCAAGGCAUACUUUGACGAGCCUAUGGACGCUCUCGCCAUUGUCCUACCACCUUCUUCCGAGACCACUCUCGCCAAUUUGGCUACCUUCACAAUUACAAAGUCUGGAUGGUUGACAAACGUAGCCGACAACGUCUUUGCUGCUAUCAAGAAGGAUCACCCAAAGCUUGUCUGGACCGUCAAGGAGGAUGACGAGAACUUGACCUGGUUCUUUGACAAGGCCGACGGAAGUCUUUCCAAGGAGGGAGAGGUUAUGUUCUGGUACGGUAUUGAGAGCGGCGAUGAGGUUAAGGAGCUCAUGACCGAAUUCUCCAAAUACGGUCGUGCCAUGCUUGGUGAUGCCAACUUGGAGGAGCGUCUUCACAGAGCCGCUAGAGCUGCCAGCGGCAUGAGCGCCUCGAUGCAACAGAGCGGAUCUCCACAACGACAACAAGCUCGUGCUUUCUCAACCAACACCCGCCCAGCUUCUAACACAACCCGUACGACCAUUCCUCGAACAUUCGCUACUUCAUCACGUGGAUACGCCACUACCACCAACCCAAACCCACCUUUCGGGGCCAAAAACUCAUCUAACACCCAGCCAGCUAAGGUUGCCCUGAUUGGUGCUCGAGGAUACACCGGACAAGCUCUUAUCAACCUUCUCAAUGCACACCCAAACAUGGAUCUCCGACACGUUUCUUCGCGUGAACUUGCUGGCCAAAAGCUCAAGGGCUAUGAGAAGAGAGAUAUCACCUACGAGAACCUCUCAGCUGAGGAUGUUCGCCGUAUGGAGGAGGCAGGCGAGAUCGACUGUUGGGUCAUGGCACUUCCCAACGGUGUCUGCAAGCCUUUCGUCGAUGCCGUUAACGAAGGAAAGGGACCUCAAAACAGCGUCAUCGUUGACCUUUCCGCAGACUAUAGAUUCGACAGCAAGUGGACUUAUGGUCUUCCAGAGCUUGUUAAUAGAUCCGAUAUUGCCAAGGCUACCCGUAUCUCCAACCCAGGCUGUUACGCAACAGCUGCACAACUCGGUAUCGCACCUCUCGUACCUUUCCUCGGCGGUCAACCUACUGUAUUUGGUGUGUCUGGGUACUCUGGAGCAGGAACCAAGCCCAGCCCAAAGAAUGACGUUGAGAACUUGACCGGUAACAUCAUUCCUUACAGCUUGACAGACCACAUCCACGAGCGCGAGAUCAGCAACCAGCUUGGUGUUGACGUCGCAUUUGUUCCUCACGUCGCUGUCUGGUUCCAAGGUAUUCAUCACACCAUCAGUCUGCCCCUGAAGCAGACCAUGACCAGCAGAGAUAUCCGCAAUUUGUACCAAGAGCGAUACGCAGGUGAGAGACUAGUGAAGGUGAUCGGUGAGGCCCCUAGCGUGAAGAACAUCAGUGGCAAGCAUGGUGUGGAGAUUGGUGGUUUCGGUGUUCACAGUUCAGGGAAGAGAGUGGUGGUUUGUGCGACGAUUGAUAAUUUAUUGAAGGGUGCUGCUACUCAGUGUUUGCAAAACAUGAACCUUGCCUUAGGUUUUGCAGAGUACGAGGGGAUCCCACUUGACUAA